GACCUACGGAAACAGAUGCAGGAAGUGGUCCUGCACUCUUACUGUCUCCAGAUCAGCAGGGCCUUUGUCAACAGCCCUCUGAUAAAAGAAAUCGUCCUUUGCCCUGCAGUUUUGUCAGUUCAGCAUUCCGUGGAGGUGAACAUCACAAACAUGGCUGACACAAGUGCACAACCAGCACCGCCGACCAAGCUGACUCAGGUUCAGGAUCAAGUCAAUGAUGUCAAAGUAAUCCUGAAGGACAACAUAAACAAAGUUCUGGAGAGAGGAGAGAAACUAGAUGACCUGAUUGAUAAAACAGAUGACCUCCGGGCAACUGCAGACUCCUUUCAGAGGACAUCCACAAGGGUGGCCAGAAAAUACUGGUGGAAAAACAUAAAGAUGAUGGUAAUCAUAGGUGUGGUCGUGGCGAUCAUCAUCAUCCUCAUCAUUCUGUUUGCCACUGGUGUCAUUCCCACUUAAGCAUCAGGCCAAAACAUUUUAACCAUUUACUCUUCACAAAUGUAAUUGUUUGACUAAACAUAAAUGCAUCUAUUUUGGUUAACUUGUGGGAGCCUGACUUUGUAAUUCAGGCAAGAGAAUGAAGGCAUGGCAUGAAAAUUGGUUUUAUACAUUCCUUGGGUCUUUAGAGUCAUUCCUGUUUUGUUUUUUGUUUUGUUUUUUCAGUUUUUUAAGGUGUUAUUUUGAUAUUCUUCCACAGAUUUUCAAAAGUAAACCAUUGUUUCUUAUUUAAUGCUUUCCCCCAAAUUGGGAAAGCACAAUCCUAUACAGCCACAUUCAAAGCUGCAAUCUCUGCAGGCAGCCAGUGAGGGAGGGUAGACAAGCACACACUCCCCUGCAAAGCAUGUGAUGUCUCCAGCUGCUUCUUUUUCCACUUGCGUUCCACAAGCCAAGCUUGAAAAGACCUGAGUCAGAGGAAGACAUUUCAUUUACAGUUGUAGCAAGAAGACUGUCUGCAUCCAAGCAGCUGGCAGGGGGGUCACAGGGAAGAGAUGAAUCUAGGAUCUUGGGUGAACAAACCUAACCCUGCUACCAGCCACGGUUGGCACUGGAACAGUCAGGAUUUGACCUAAGACCAUGGGGCGCAUCUAUACGCUACAACAGUGCCAUAACCAGUUGAGCCACUUGGCAGCCCCCAUUGUUUCUUUAUUUUAAUGAAAAUUAUUUUUGCAUAUACAAUGUGUUCUUGUCAUUUCAAGUUCAUAAUUAGUCAUACAGAAUGAAACUGACUAAUAAAUUUGAAGGAUACUGAAAUUAAUUUGUAAUACUGCCACAAUUGCUUUGCUACACAUAUAUACUGUAUAGAAUUAAUGUUUCACGAGAAUGACUUCCAAAUAUGGGGAUGAAAAACGGCGACAUUAAUACCAAUAGCAAUGUCCAUAUCUGUAUAAAAAAUGCAAUAAUUUUAGUCAUGAUGGCUAAUUGAAAAAAAAGGAACAGAAAUAAUUAAACUUUUU